CCUAUCUAUAGCCACAGCUAGAAAACUUUUCCGCAAAACCAGUCCCAUGACAGGUGACGUCACCGGGAAUAUGGGCAGAGGUGGAUUGACCUUGUUAUAUAUAUAGAGAGAGAGAAAAAGAGAUUGUGGAGAAAACGAAUAAAGAGAGAUUGAUUGCGGAGAUUAACUGUUGGGAUCAUUUCAGCGAGAAUGUCUGUGCUAUUCUGUUGCUGUGUCUCUCCCUCCGAAGACAAUGACGAGAGACAGCCUCUACUUCACACCAAGCCUUCAAAAUCAGCUAAGCCAGAGUCGGCCAGACAGCCUCGACCAGCACCCACAGAGGACAGUUGGUGUGUAAACAUGGUGAUGAAGGGGUAUGACUUCUCUCUCUCAGUGGUUCCGCUGAGGUCUACGGCCAAGGGGGAGGAGUCUCCGCCUAGCCGUCUCCGAUUGGCUCAGGAGGAGCUCUGGGGCAUUUCCCAGGGCGCCAAAGCGAUAAGUGCCGCUGGGACCAAGCUCCAGGAGCUGAUAGGCUGGCUGCUGAAUGGGGGGGAGCGAAUGGCGGAGCAGGUCAGGGAGGCGGCACCAACCCAUCAGGACCGCUGUAGGCUGGAGGAGAACCUGAUUGAGACCAUGCAGGAAGUGAGAAGGGCGAGGGAGCUUUCACUAGGUUACCGUCAGCAGGCUGGAGAGGUCCAAACUGAGGCUGCACAGAUAGCAGGACUGGCCUGACACACACUGUGGAAAACCACCUGUGGCUCCCCCAAAACGUAGCAGUUUCUGCAGUCCACUCAGACACUCUUCUGCCAUGUUACAUAGCCUGUUUAUACACUUAUGGUUGAGUUAUGAGUAGUUCUACUGUUGUGGCCAAUAGUUAGGCUACACUCUAGGCCUAAUUGCCAUUGAAAUCUAUAGGCCUAAGAUGGCCACCAGCUGCAAGGUAAUUUAGAUAUUCAAUUUGGCACCGGCUGCCAUAUGUUACCGCAUCGAGAAUAUUGAAAUACUGCUAGUUUUUAAUUAAACUGCCUUUUUCGUCAGUACGCUAGGCUAGCUAAUGCUUAAGCAACCCAUUGGAUUCCACCACACUUCCGGAAGCUACUCACCCCAAUGGUAGGCGUUGUAUUUUAAUGGAAAGCAAUGGGCUGCUUUAGCAUUAGCUAGCCGAGCAUGAGGAGGAAAAAGGCAGUCUACUUGAAAACUAGCAGUAUUGCUAUAUUCUCGAUUUGUCAUUUCUUGAUAUUGAGAUAAUUAGGGGUAAGAUAACUACAACAACAUCUUCAAAUCCCUGGAUUGAGGUACAUUUUUGAGCCAUAUCACGCUAUUAUCCCGGUAGUAUUUUUCCCUGUAUAGCUAUUCCACUCUGUAAUGUAUACAUCAUUUGUCUCUUCCUUUAUAGUGAUUCCC